GUAGGAUAGCACCAAAAAGGUAACAACAAACACUAGCUUGUUGUCUUUUGACAUUGAAAUUGAACUCCCCGACCUUUCUCUCUGUCCACAAAUUAGCUAUUCAUAUACCCUUUCCAGUUCACCAAGCCAUUCAUAUAUUCAUUUCCUCUAAAUAAUUAUAAGAGUAGAGAGAGAGAGAGAGAUAUGAAGCCUAAAGCGGUAGUUGUGGGAGGAAGCAUAGCAGGAGUGUCAUGUGCACACACACUAAUCUUAGCUGGGUGGGAUGUUGUUGUGCUUGAGAAAACUUGCGAACCCAUUAAGGGAAGUCCCACCGGAGCUGGACUCGGGCUCGACCCUCUGGCCCAGAGACUCAUUCAGUCGUGGCUUGAUGAUCCAGAGCUUCUCUACUCUUCCACUUUGCCACUCACUAUAGACAUGAACCAAGCAACAGAUAGUGAGAAGAAGGUCAGCUGGACAUUGACAAGAGAUGACAACUUCAAUUUCAGAGCAGCUCAUUGGGCUGAUCUCCAUGGCCUUCUUUACAAUGCAUUGCCCCCAAACAUACUUUUAUGGGGUCACCUUUUUCUCUCUUUCUGCAUUUUUGAGGACAAGACAUCUGUCAAGAUUAAGGCUAAGGUUCUACAAACUGAUGAGGAAAUCGAAAUAGUGGGUAAUUUACUUGUUGCAGCAGAUGGGAGCCUCUCUUCUAUCCGCCAGAGUUUUCUUCCUGGCCUUAAAUUGAGGUAUUCGGGUUAUUGUGCAUGGAGAGGGGUUUUUGAUUUUUCAGGAAAUGAAAAUUCAGAAACUGUUGUGGACAUCCGUAGUUCAUAUCCUGAACUGGGAAAGUGUUUGUACUUCGACUUAGGUUCUGAGACUCACAGUGUGUUUUAUGAGCUUCCGAACAAAAGGCUUAAUUGGAUUUGGUAUGUCAACCAACCUGAGCCUGAACUCAAGAGAAACUCAGUAACCAUGAAAGUAAGAAGUGAGAUGAUCCAGAAGAUGCAUCGAGAAGCAGAGAAGGUUUGGAUUCCUGAAUUCGUGAGAGUCAUUCAAGAAACAAAGGAUCCCUUUUUGAAUUUGAUAUAUGAUACCGAUCCCUUGGAACAAGUCUUUUGGGACAAUGUGGUAUUAGUUGGAGAUGCAGCUCACCCCACAACUCCUCACGGUACAAGAAGCACAAACAUGUCAGUGUUGGAUGCAGCAGUUUUAGGUAAAUGCCUUGAAAAGAAUGGAGUAGAAAAUUUACAAGCAGCGCUAAGAGAAUAUCAGACCACUCGGCUUCCGGUUGUUUCCAAGCAAGUUCUGCAUGCUAGGAGAAUGGGUCGCAUAAAACAAGGUUUAGUUCUUCCUGACCAUGAGGCUUUUGAUCCAAAGAAUUCUAGAUCAGAGGAUUAUCAAGAGGUACAGCAGAAGAACAUGCCUUUCUUUGAUGAUGUUCCUUUACUGUUAGUAUGAUGUCCUUCUCUAUUUACUUGGAAUUAACAGCAUAUCUCUGCAACUGAAAAUGGCAUAGGGUUACUGUUCUUGUAAUUCUUUGCUCAUCAUUUCACAGUAGCUAUACAUCAGAUCUAGCUUUUGGCUGGAAUUCCCUUGUUUGUAUAGUAUGAUGCUAUCUAUUGACCCAAAAAGAAUCCCUGAUUUUGAAGAACACACAAUCAGUUUUUUCUGCUUUGCAUUGCAAUUGAAACAAAUUUCUCCACUACUAUCA